UCGCAAAGAUAUGUUCUUUACCUUAUGCAAUUUUCGAAAGCCGGCGCCGGCGCCCUAACUUUGUGUGCUCGGCUACAUUAAAGUACGUACCUCAUAGCUCAAAUAAGAGGAGUCAAAACAAAGCAUCACUGAGACUGAGCUAGAUAUUACCUGGAGGCUGUAUCACUGCCGCACCGAAGCUGCCGCCGUCUAUCAGGUCCGGGUGGCGGUAGUACGUUCAGAUAUUGUUCCACUAGUACCACAGAUGAGGUAGAUGAGUAUGGCCAGACCACCGACUUUGCAUGGAAUUUCCUCCCCCGCCCCAACCCAAUGCACUCUCUCCUUAACUCGUUUCUAGUGGCUUUCUCGUUUACCGUUCUGGUUGAUGGCAGCCAUUACUGGUCCUCGCCUCGCCACCGCACUGUUGCUCAUAGACAACUUUCCGGCGAAACCUACAUGAUACAAGACUUUUAUCAAGGGGAAGAUUUUUUCAAUGACUGGACUUUCGAUGUUGGAUCGGAUCCCACUCAUGGCAAUGUCAUCUACCAAAGCCAAUCGGACGCGCAGUCUAAGGGUCUUGCGUAUAUCAACGAUAGCAACAACUCAUUGAUCCUUGCAGUCGAUUCAACCAGCACCGUUGCUCCCGGUGGUCAGCGUGCUUCUGUUCGCAUCACAUCUCAGAAGAGUUACAAUGGCGGUCUCUUCAUCUUUGACGCUUCCUACAUGCCUGUAGGUUGUUCGACGUGGCCUAGUUUCUGGACCGUUGGCCCGCAAUGGCCCAUGGCAGGUGAAAUCGACAUCGUCGAGGGUGUGAAUAAUCAAGACACAAACCAGAUGGCACUUCAUACCGGCACGAACCAAACUUGCACCAACGAAAUGACAAAUGGUACCCAGCAGUUUACGGGCCAGAUCAAAAAGACCAACUGUUACAGCACUGGACGUGCGGACUCAGGCUGCAUCAUCGAGGACACGGACACAAGCUCUUUUGCGUAUGGUUUCAACAAUGCACAAGGUGGUGUCUUUGCACUUUUGUGGGACAAUUCUGCUGGCAUGUCAAUAUGGCAUUUUGCUCGGGCCAAUAUCCCUGCGGAUCUCAUAGCCCAAACGCCCAGGCCUUCUACAUGGGGCAUACCAGCUGGAUUCUGGUCUUCACAAACCUGCGACAUCACGGCCAACUUCUACGACCACCAGAUGAUCAUUGAUACUACUAUCUGCGGCCAUUGGGCAGGUGGUGGUAUCUACGCCCAAUCCGGGUGCCCAGGAACGUGUUCAGAUAUGGUCGCCAAUGCUACCAACUACAUCAAUUCCAAGUGGGUCAUCAAUUACGUCGCCGUCUACCAGCAUCAUAUUGGUAGCGGAGCGUAUGCACCAGGUCCCCGACUUCCACUUAUGAUCAUUUUAUCAUUGGUAAUCUACUUGUUGCUCCUGUAAGUAUGACCAAAUUAAUUAUCAUCACGAUGACUGUUGUAGCAAUAUUAAUACCAAAAUUGUUCUAAAGUGA